AGCCAUGGGGCUUUCAAGAGCUUUGUAGCUCGCUCGAGUGUGUCUAGCCAUGUGCAGCCUGAGGUGUGCCCUUUUAGGGCUGAUGCUCGCCGCUGAAGCCACGGCUACAUGGGACAACACCAUCUUCACUUCAACCUACCAGCAGAUGUUGAUCCAGAAGAUCUCAGUGGAGUCGCUUUUACUCAUUGACAUGGAUUCUGAUACCAACCGAGAACAGCUUCAAAAGAGCAUGUCUCAGUUCAAUUCCACACUUUGGCACUUGCUCGAGGGAACGAAUGGAGUUUUGCCACCUCCAACUCCAGCAGCCAGGGGAAAAGUGCAGCAAGGGAUUGAUCUAUGGCAACCCUUUCGUGCGGUUCUUGACGAUAUCUUGCUGAUACAGAACAAGAGCAGUCUAGUUCCCUCUUUGGUUGCCACGAGCCAUCCACUUUCAGAGAAGUUUGCUGAGCUCUCUCAAUACUUGGUGAAUGCAGCCAUAGCAACUGGUGCUGGGAGCGGCGGUCGCUUAAUCAGUCUUGUGGAGCGUCAAGUGGUCCUCGCGUACCAAAUGUGGAAAGAAGGCUUACUGCUCGGCUAUGACCAGGUCACAGUCGCAGAGCUAUUGGACACCAAGAGCUUCUUCAUGUCAGCCCAUCGAGGGCUUGUUGAUGGUGCCACCUGGCUUGAUGUGCCCAAGCUCACGCGCUUGUGCGCCUUGCAUGCCAUGAGGGAAGUGACUCACUACUCCGAUGCGCUGAACAACCUUUUUUCCGAGAUUGUCACUGUUGAGGAGGAAGCUCAGGAGAAAGCUGUAGCGUUGGCUGGGAAUAUCAGUGCCAAUGGUCGUUCAUUAGCCAAGUCCAUGAGCAAUGCAGUGGACUACUUUCUGGGCUACACAGCUUGCAAUAUCACUCUCACAGAUCUUCAGUGGUUUAAUGCGCUCACCGCUGCGGAGGACCAAUUGCUACAAGCGUCAGAAGCAACAAAGCUUUUCCUGCAGAUAGCCUUGAACUACCAGGAGGCUGAAGGUAAAGUCGAGCUGACGGUACUGUCCGAAGAAGCAACCGUGAGUUUGACCAACUUGGUCGAGGGCAACAAGGCCACAGACCUACCAGCACCUCCAACUCAAGAGCUGGUGGACAUGAUUGCGCCGACCACGGAGAUAUGGCAGGACAUGAAGGAUGAGUUCACCAAGGCUAUCUUCACUGACACCGUUCCAACAUCUAGUGUCAGUGAAGUGGUGCGGCUAUCCAAGAGCUUUCUUGGUGACAUGGAUGCUGUGGUCAGCACAUAUAUGAGGACAGCCAUAUUGGCAGGCGUCCAAUUUCCUGCAUAUGCGAUUUAUAUUGCAAGUCAACAGAGAUCACUUGUGCAGAAGUUGUCCAAAGAGGCCUGCAUCGUCAGGCUCGGCUACAAUGUUGACUACUAUUUAGAUGCCAUGACUGCAAGCAGGAACCUCUUUGUAGAGUCACAUUGGAAGUUGCUGGAGGGCAGUCCCAGCACUGAUCUCUUUCCAGCCGUGGAUGCCACCACAAAUGCAUGCAUCAUCUCUCAGAUGUGGCGGAUCUUUGGUAUCUAUGAGGACCUUGAAAGAUCAGCGAUGGGCGUCGCGAGUGGAGAAUUGGACUCUUUGUCAUCGCUGGGCAAGGCCAACAUCGCCUUGGGUUCGCAGAUGCAAAAGGUGGUGAAUUGGGUGAAGGCUGGUGAUGCUUCAUGUGAUCCGUUGUCGUUGUCUGUUGAGGACUGGCAAGGCUUGAUUCUUGAAGUGGGCCGUUUGAGAAGCAUGAGCCAAGAGGCUUCGAUUGAAGUUCUUCUGUCCGAUGCAUCUAUCACAAACAGCUCUCGGGAGAGUUUGAACGCGAAGAAGAUCUUCGUGGCAACGUCCUUGAGGCGUUUGCGCUUCGGCUCACAAAGUCCACGAGUCCCACCACCCGCCCUUCAAGUCCUUCUCGACGAUUUCUCACUGCACCUUCAGCCGGGUAUCCGUUCACUUGAGCAAGCCCUUGGUGGUGAUGAUGUGCAACAGGUCCUCCAGGCUGGCUCUUGGGUGAUGGUGGAGGCAGAUCAGUUUCUGCAAAGAUUUUUCACCGAAGCUGAUGCGCAAGCAUCACCAGUCCCUCUCCAACGCAUGAAUGUGGCGGACAGGCAGAUAGCUUUGGCGCGGCAGAUCUUUAAGGAAUUCUUGAUGACCUUUGUAAGUCAGCAGAGUGACCCAAACAUCACCAGCAGUGAGUCCUUAUCACAGAGCAUCAGCGCCUUUUCAACAGCGCACCAAAGCCUUCGCUAUGGUGGCAAUGGUAUUCCAGAGCUAAGCCCUGUGAGGCUGGAUGUGCAGAAACAGUGGGAAACCAUUGGCCGAGCUUGGUCGACCUUUGAAGCUCAGCUCCAUGAACCACCCAGCUGGGAUGAGCUCGAAAAGAUUCAAGUCGAUUUGACUGCUUUGGUGGUGGAGCUCGAGGUCGCUGUGCCUCUUUUUGCAAUCAAAGAUGAGGAACUCAGAGGAGACUAUUUGUUGCCAGCGCUUGUCUAUAGUGGGAUUGUGGUGUGCAUGUGUGUGGGUGCUGGAGUUGCCAUCUACUUCGUCCGGCGACAUCUGAGAGAACGGUCACAGCCCCAAGCAGACAGCAAGGUUUAGUGGUGUUUUGCAGCUCGCCAGGAGGCCAACUUCACUUCGUCUUUGUUCUAACUUUUUGUUGCUUCCAGCAUCCUGCAAGCUUACUUGGUGGAUGCUGGAAUUUUCGACCACUUUCGUUUCGGUCCUUUUUGCGGCAGCGUUUUGGUUGCCUGUCUUGGGCCUGCUCAGGCAGGCCUCAAACUCAAGCUCCCACAAAAGUGGCAAGCUAAGACCCUGUGACCAUCGACCAAAGAUCAAA